GUAGAAUAUGUCCUGUCUGUCAUCAGAUAUGAUAUACAUUUCGGGUAUUAUCUAUCCCAGACAAGUCAGGAAAAAGACCUACGUGUGUAAUGAUCCUGCCCUGCAACACGUGACAUAUGAUAACCAAUCGAAUUGUUUCCCAUAUAAGAUAUUCAUAAUGUUCACAUACCAAUGAAGGAGAACUGCACGGAAAACUAUGCAAAUCAAGCUGCAGUAAAAAAAAUCACAUAAAAACGGAUAAAGAAAUAGACGACUUUGAAGCAAAACAGAAUUUCAAAUCAACACAAGUAUAUAACCAUAUUACAAAGAUGCCUGAGGGAUCUCAGUCUGUGGUUGAUAUAGAAGGACUCAUUCAAGCCUGGGCCUGGGAUAUGUUCGACAGGACAAAGACGAAAGACCAGGCAAAGAUACCAAAAGAUUACCUCGAAAUGACUGUUGAUUAUAAGAGAGUGAAAUUCAUGAAUGACCCUCCUGAGUUCACUGAAGAACAGAGAGCAGGAGUUCCCAAAGCAAAAAUUCUAUUCAAGACACAUUUUGUGAACAACACUGAUCAAACACAAGAGUAUUCAUUUAAAACAGAGAGAAGCACAACAAGUGUAUGUGAACUAGAGAUAGAGAAUGGAUAUACACUUGGCCAGGAAGUGAAUAUUACUCUCAAAACACCAUGUGAGGUUUUUGAAGCGAAUGCUGGCUUCAGUAGAGAAAUUUCUGUUAACAGAGCUGAAAAUCACGCCAUUGAAGAGACGCUUACUUGGGGUGUUGACAGCAAUAUCAAAGUCCCCAAACAUUUCAAGACAAUCGCGGAACUCGUCGUAUCUGAAUCUCAAUACUCCGGACGUUUUAAAAUGAGAAAUAGAAUGGAAGGCAAAGUGCAUGUAUCUAUAACAAACAAGCGAGACAAUAACUCAUUUUUGAGGUCAAUAGAUGGUAAUAUUGCUGAGAUUAUUAGACGAGAGGUGGAGAAUGGACUGCAUGGUUUCAAAGUGGAGGGGAGAACAGUGACAUGCAACACAGUCGGCAUAUGCAAGUUUCACUUUGCGGUGGAGCAACGCAUCAAACUUACAGAGAUGGCGAUUGAAGAGGAAGAUUUGUGAAAUUGGAAUUUUAAUUUAAUUAUUAGAACAGAAUGGAAUUCAAGUGAUUGGUCCUUCAACAGAAUGGAAGUGAAUGGUCCUUCGAAAUUUCUGUAUUAGGUAACGAGAAAGUGUACAUCAUAUCCACCAGAUAUGGAGUUUGAUGGACUUAUAAGAGAUUAUGGAAUAUUCAGGUGCAGUUUGGCAUGAGGCAUGGAAGUGCCAUACACAUAUACAUCAUACUUCUAAUAGGUACACAACACUAUGCACUGUAAAGAAUUGAUGAAAUAUCGUUCAACUUAUUUUUACUUUUUUACAUGUGUAACCAUAUUUGACUAAUAAACUGACAAUCGUUUCAUACAGUUUAAUAGGAAAACAAAUAAGCAAAUCUCCAUUCAAUACUGUUAAAUAAUGCCUAUUAUAGAUAGUUUAAUUAAGACUCAAUUGUACUCUUAAAAUGGUUAAAGAAUCUUUUUGAAUGACUCUGUUAUAAAGUUCUAAAAAGGAUUUAUAGUGUUUUCAUAGGUUUGUCCUGUUUUGUGCUUCUUUUCUAGUGUUGAUAUACUGAUUUGAAGUUUUUGGAAAAGGCGCAGACGCCCCACCCUCCGAGAGACCAAUUUUACAACUUUUAACAACUUUAUCACGAAGACUUUCUAAAAAUACCUGGUGUAGUCUUAACAAUAAUCAAAACAACUGAUCUUUCAUAUUUGUGCGUCUCCGUUUUGUUUUUUUAAAAAGAUGUUUCAAAAUAUUUUCUAAAAAGUUCUCAGAGCUGGUAACGUAAAUCCCCUGGAGCAGACUAGUGGCACAAAUUUGAAAUAACGCAAUGAUUUCAUCAGUUAUAAGACUAUUCCGGAUAAUUUUUAAAAGGCUUCGUGUAAAUGAAAAAAAAUACACUUUUAAAACGAUCUUUCGGAGUUUAGGACAUAUGGUGCCAGAGUUUGCAUCUCGAAUUAUUGCCUAAUGAUUUAUAUUUAUAUAUAAUAUAGAAUAGUGUGCAAUAUAUAACUGAAUUUUGUUAUGUAUCUUCGUAAUUGAAUCUUCAAGCAUAACUAGGAGAUUAUACUCUGCUAGUGUAUACGGGUUCUAAAUA